AUGUAUUAACAAAACUAGGUAAUGUAUCAGUAACAACCAAAUUAAUAAAUCCAGGCACCAUAGCAUCGGGAUUACAAUAUUCCUCCCCCAGGUUACAAAGCACCAAGGUAUCCCAGAGAAGAGUUGCCUGAGAAUCAAGAGCAGAAUUUGGAUUUGGGUGGUUCAUAUUAGAGUUACCUGUAUAAUUGUGGGGAAUGCUGUGGUAAUUGUAAGGCAGUUUGUCCAUGCAAUCCAUGUGUUGAAUACCCGUAUGUUCAAGUUGAGUAGAGCUUUGUCGGAGUGUAUUUACGUUUUGGUAAGUACAUAAAGACAGUUUAACCGGGAUUGAUAUACAUAAAUCCAUGCACUGACACAAUAUAGAAGGUGGAUUGCAAGGUUUAGAUGAUCGAUUGCCCAAGAUAACAAGUGAUGACAAAAGAUAACAUUCUAGUUAGCAUCGAUGCAACGGUUUACUAUCGAAUAGUCAUACCUAGGAGAUCCAUCUUCUACAUCAACGAUUUGCAUUAAGCAGUGACUUAAUUAACAUUGGCUACAAUAAAGAGCAUUGCAGGAUCACACACUUUGUAGGAUCUCUUGGAGAAGAGAGCAGAAGUGCAACAAUAAAUAGAGGGCUUUGUGGAUGAGCAUGUGUGGGAAUGGGGAAUAGACAUAGAAAACAUGUUAAUCAAGGAUAUUCAAUUGAAUGCUGAUCUACAGAAUACUUUGUCCAUGGCAGCCAAGGAACAGAGAGCUGCUUAAGCCAAGGUGAUUUCAGCUUAAGGAGAUGUGCAAUCAGCCAAAUUGAUGAGGUAGGCAGCAGAGUUGUUGGAUUCGAAGGCAGCUAUGCAAAUCAGAUAUUUAGAUACUAUAACAACCUUGGGAUAGUAGGGAUCAACCAAAGUGGUGUUGCUUCCUACAGAUUCUAAAUGA